GCGUUUUACCGAGUGUGGUUCAUAUCAUUCGGUUGGUGAAUUUCGACACAAUCAGACAUGGAUCGCUGGAACGGAAAGGUGGCCGUCGUUACCGGAAGCAGUUCGGGAAUCGGGGCAGCAAUUGCCAAAGAUUUGACCAAGGCCGGCAUGAUCGUGGUUGGUUUGGCCCGUCGAGUUGAACGAGUUAAAGCCCUCAAGAACGAUCUACCGAAGGAGGUGGCUGAAAAUUUGCAUGCCGUUAAAUGUGAUGUUUCGAAAGAAGAAGACAUUCUUAGCACCUUCAAGUGGGUCGAAGAAAAGUUUGGUGGGGUAGAUGUGCUGGUAAAUAAUGCCGGCAUCGUGAGGGAUUCGGCACUUCUAGAACCCGAAAACACCCAGAAACUGAAGGAAGUGAUCGACACCAACGUGAUGGGACUGGUGAUGUGCAGUCGGGAAGCCUUCCAAUCGAUGAAGAAACGGGCCGUCGAUGGACACAUCAUUCACAUUAAUAGCGUUGCCGGCCACCAUGUGAUCGACUAUCCCCGUUUGAAUAUCUACUCGGCGUCCAAAUUUGCUGUCACUGCAAUAACGGAAACCAUGCGGCAGGAGCUGAGAACCGAGGGAACCAAAGUCAAAGUUACGAGCAUAAGUCCCGGCGGCGUGAGGACGGAAAUCAUGACCGUCGAAAUUCCUCCAGAGUACCCCAUACUGGAAGCGGAAGACAUUUCGGAAGCAGUGCUGUACGUCCUGGGAACGCCACCACGAGUCCAGGUUCACGAGCUUACCAUAAAGCCUGUUGGGGAGACGUUCUAAUCUUAGAGUUUUUAAACUAAAUGCAUUUAUGUAAAAAAAUUGAUGGAAAAUAAACUUAUUGAAUUUCGGAUUGAAAUGAA